AUGAAAAAUUUUUAUAAACAAGUUGAAAAUGAUGACAAUAAUGUUGAUGGUGUUAAAAUUUCAUUAAUAAUUUUGAGAAAAGAGCUAAAUUAUUUUCAAAUAGGUAAAGAUAGAAUAAUUUCAUCAUCUAAAGAAUUUUCAAAAGAUUAG